AUGUCGCAGUAUAUGGAUGAAAUUGCUCCCGAUGUUAUAUCACCUCAAGAUAAUAAAGUUCGAGUUGAUCAACCAAUAAAACAUUUAGAUACAGUUAUAGCAUUAUAUGAAUUUCCUGGAACUCAACCUUCACAUUUACCAUUAAAUUUAGGUGAUACAAUUUAUGUAUUAUCAAAAUCUGAUAGUGGAUGGUGGGAUGGAGUUAUAAUUACCAAUACUGGAGAAUUACAAAGAGGCUGGUUUCCUCAUAAUUAUGUAAGAUCGGUUAAUUAUGUUCAACCGGUAUUAAAUAAAUUAAAAAGUAAUAAAGAAUUGGAUUCAAUAACGGCUGCAAAUACGGCAGCUAAUGUAUUAAUACCAACUUUUGCAAAUUUAUUACAAAAGAAUCUUAUAGAUUCAGAAAAGAAUACUCCAACAAAUAGUACUAGAAAGAAUUCGGUAGUUAGUUUUGCUAGUUCUGAAACUAGUAUUCCAUCAGAUUCUAAAUUAUUAUCCAAUACUAAUAAUACAAAUACAAAUACAAAUACAAAUACUCCUCAAAGUCCUCAACAUCAAGCAUCUGUAAGUACUAUAUCUUCAUCAAUUCAUCAACAUCCUUCAAUUUCAAAUACUAUUACACCAGGAGAUUUAAUAGAUGGAUCUAUAGUAUUAACUGAUAUUGAAGAAGCCGAGAAUUUAUCAAAGAAAUAUAAACAAGAUAAUAAGAAAUUAUUAUUAUGGAUUCCAAGAUGUACAACUAAUGGAGAUUAUGUAUUUUAUUGUGAACAAUUAGAUAUUUAUUGUGAAUCUAUACCUCAAGUCCCCUUUGAAGUAGGAGAUUUCCCCCCUAAAAUUGCUAUUCCAAGUGAAGAAUCAUUAACAAAUAAUCUGAUAAUUCCAGUUGAAUCAGAUCAUCGGAAUUCAGAUACUCUGACAGGAAUAUUAGAUUCUAGAGGUGAUUCAACUACAAGUUUUGAUCCAUUAAAGAGAGAUUCUAAUGCAUCAUCAAUGUCUCAAAGUUCAGGAGCUUCAUCAUAUCAUCAUUUUUCUAAACCAUUCUUUGCGGUUGAACAUUUAUUUUAUCUGCAUCCUCAAGAUUUAUCAAAAUGGAGUGAUUUAAAACAACAAUUUAAUUAUUUAUUGGAUUUAUCUUUAAAAUCUUUAAAAGAUCAUAAUAAGCAAUUAUUCAGUACUCAUUUCUCUCGAUUAAAUAAAAUUAUAUCCAUUGUUUUUGCAGCUUCAAGAUUAAAUCAAGAAGAUUUUAUGGAUACAAAAUAUGAAAAAUCAGCUAGACGGAAAUUAAAAAGAAUUGCUAGUUCAUUUGCUCAAAUUUAUAUUAAUGGUAUAUUACAUUUAAGUGUUAUGCAUCAUUCGCAAGCCACAUCUGAAGGUCAAUUAUUUAGUUUUGAUAUUUUUAAAUUAAAUAAGUCUACUAGUACAAAGCCGGGGAAUUCUUAUCAAUCAAAUGUUUCUUCAGUAUCAACUAUACGUCAACUGUCUCAAGAUACCGUUAAUUCCAUGUCUCCAGGAAUUUCAUUUGAUAAUAAUAAUAGUAGUACUAGUCCUCGAGAAUUUAUUGGAUAUUUUCAACAUAUUGAAUAUGAAAUUGAAAAUUUACGAUUAAAUAUGAAUGGAUUAAUUAAGAUUAUGAUUAAAUUAAGUAAAGAUAAAGUAAUUCGAAGAUCAGAUUAUGAUUCAUCAGAUGCUUCAGAAGAUGAAGGUGAAGAUAGAUAUGAUAUUUUACCUCAAACUUAUCCCAGAUUUAUAACUGAUGAAUUUAAUGGAGGUAAUUGGUGUAAUCCAUUUUUUACAACUAAUAAUCCUAUAUUAAAUGUUAGUGGAGAUGAUUUAAAGAAUAAAUAUCAUUCUAAAGUAAUAAUUGAUCAUCAAGCUUAUGAUUCAUUAUAUCAUUAUCUGGAAGAAAUGAAUAAAUUAAGUCAAGAAACUUGUCAAUUUUUAAAUCCUGAAACUCAAAAUUUAUAUUAUAAUACUAUCUUAAAAAAUGAUAGAAAUACUCAAAUUUUAAGAUUAAUUUAUAAAUAUUUAUAUUAUGCUAGUUCAAUGAUUGAUUUAAUUGAAUCAUUUGAUUUUACUGUGUUUUGUUUAAUCAAAAGGUAUUCAUCUAAUGAAGAAAAUGAUAUUGAAAAGAUUAAUGAAGAUAAUGAAAACCAAACCCAAACCCAAAAGAAAUUAGAAAUUGAAUCAUCAUCUAAUUUAACUUUUGAUUAUCCGGUAGUAUUAGAAUUCUUUCAAUUAAAACAAGAAUUUCAUAAUUUAAUCUUAAAGAUUAUUAUGGCUACUCAAACUUUAACUUUAGAAGAUCCUGAAGUAUUUAAAGGUUUAAGAAAUGAAGAUCCAUUAUUUUAUGAUCGAGAAAUUUUAAAACAUCCCACAGAAAAGGCUUCAUUAUUAUUAACUAAUGUAUUAUUAAAUAAAAUUAAUCAAACUAAAGGUGAUGCAAUCUCAGUAAAUCCUGAUACUUUAAUGUUAUCAUAUUUAUCUGAUGGUAGUAAAUUUUUUCAAUCAUUAUUAACUCUUGUUCAACAAUUAAUUGAUGAAAGAGAAACUAUUUUAAAUUAUGCUACUCGAGUUAUGCAUGAUGAUUUUAAUGUUCAAUUAUUAGUAAUUGAAAGAAAUAAUACUAUCUUAAGUGAUAAAUCAGAUGAUCAUUCUUAUUAUAGUGGAGGUCAUAAAAAGGCAAAAGAUUUACCAUGGUAUCUUGAAGGUGAUGAAGAAUUUGAUUUAUUAUUAGAUUUAAAGGGGAAUAUUAAAGGUGGAACAAAAGAAGCACUAAUUGCUCAUUUAACUCAUCAUGAUUUAUUUGAUAGUAAUUUUAAUUCAGCAUUUUUAUUUACUUUCCCCACGAUGAUGUCAUUAGGAGAAUUAAUUGGAUUAUUAAUUAAUCGAUUUAAUAUUGAAGCUCCAGAAGGUUUAAGUUAUGAAGAAUAUAAUACAUGGAUUACUAAAAAGCAAAAUCCUAUAAGAAUUCGAGUUAUGAAUAUAAUGAAAUUAUUAAUUGAAAAGCAUUGGUCAAGAUCUUAUUAUAAUGAAACUAUAUUAAGAAAAUGGUUAGGCUUUAGUCAAACUCCAGUAGUUCAAAGUUAUUCAAUUGGGAAACAAUUAACUAAUGAUUUAGUUAGAUUACUUCGAGGAGAAAUGGUUUAUAUUGAAAGACAACCAGUUAUACCUACUACCAAAGCUCCAGCUCCAUUAGUUAAAGGAUCAUUAAUUUCUAAAAAGAUGAAAUUAUUAGAUAUUGAUUAUGUUGAAUUAGCUCGACAAUUAACUAUACGAGAAUUUAGUUUAUAUUCUAAAAUAACUAAAUUUGCAUGUUUAACUAAAGUUUGGGGGAAUAAAUCAGGAUUAACUGAAACUAUUCAAAAUAUUCAAAGUUUUAUUAAAGCAUCAAAUCAAUUAACUAAUUAUGUCGCUUAUAUGAUUUUAAGAAAGAAUGAUGCCAAAAGAAGAGUACAAAUUAUUCGAUAUUUUGUUCAAGUAGCAGAAAAGUGUCGUCAAUAUAAUAAUUUUUCUUCAAUGACAGCUAUUAUAUCAGCAUUAUAUUCAUCACCAAUUCAUAGAUUAAAGAAAACUUGGAAAUAUGUUAAUACUGAUUCAUUAAGUCAUUUACAAAAUAUGAAUAAAUUAAUGAAUUCUCUGAGAAAUUUUAAUGAAUAUCGUGAUGUUUUAAAAUUUAUUGGUAGUGAACCUUGUGUACCAUUUUUUGGAGUCUUUUUAAGUGAUUUAACAUUUGUUUAUCAUGGUAAUCCAGAUAAUUUAUUAAAUCGUACUAGAAUGAUUAAUUUUGCUAAACGUGCUAAAACUUUUGAAAUUGUUAGUGGAAUUGAUCGAUUUAAAACUACUGGUUAUAAUUUUCAAAGUGUAGUAGAAAUUCAAAAAUAUUUAGAUGGAUGGUUUGAUAAAUGUCCAAGUGUGGAAGAACAAUAUCAAAUAUCUUUAGAAUUAGAACCUCGUGAAUCAACUUCUGGUAGUGCGGGAGGUAAAAAUAGUACAUCUUCAUCAGUAUUAUCAACUCAACAAACUGCAACUCCAACUACAACUCGAGAUUAUCGCUCUUCUAAGGGUGGGGGUCCUGUACAAAACUUGAGUAGUUUUGCAUUUAAGGGAUUAUCAUGA